AUGGGGAAGACCUGGUGCCAGCGGGGUUUCUGUGUCACAAACAGAAAUAACCGCCACUUUGAGGACACCGGGGGCUCCCCGUGUGGUGCUGACAGACCCAAGACCAAGACCCAGCAGAGGCCAUGCUGUCGUCGGUGCAUGUCAUCUCAGGGGCACAUGUGCACCCAUUGCAGCUGCCCUCCAGAGGCCCUCUCACUCUUAAACUUCUGGAACCCACCCACCACAGCCCAGCUUGCUAUUGUGUCCACCAACGCUGCCGAAGGGGAGGAGGUGCUUCUACAUAUCCGCAAUAAGCCUCCCGAUGUUAUAGCCUUCGUGUGGUACAGGGGGGAAGGAGCAAACAAAAAUCGUGUAAUUGCAUUACUUGCAAUAAAAUUAAAUUUACAUUUAAGAGGUCCAGCACACAGUGGCCAAGAGAGAAUAAACAAUGAUGGAUCCUUGCUGUUAAAGGAGGUCACCAAGAGAGACACAGGAAUGUACACCAUAGUCGUCUACCUUGAAGAUUCAAAGAAAGAAAUAGGAUUUGGAAGGCUUAAUGUAUAUGAGCCUGUGAGAGUGCCUGCCCUCCUAGCCAACAACACCACAGUCACAGAGAAUAAGGAUGCCGUGGUCUUGACCUGUUACACAAAUGCAAUCUCCACCCAUUGGUUGUUCAAUGGCAUGAAUCUGCAGUUCACGGACAGAAUGAAGCUGUCCCAGGACCACAGAAGUCUCACCAUAGACCCCUUCAAGAGGGAAGAUGCUGGGUAUUACCAGUGUGAAGUCUCCAACCCUAUCAGUUUUGUUAAAAGUGCUCCCCUUGAGCUGGAUGUGAAAUCUGAGUGA